CCCAUAAACUCUCACAGCGUCGCUUUACUGCGUCUCACUGUGAAGACGUUUAACUCUUCACGUCGUCAGGAGACAGACGGUGUUUUUUGUCUUCAGAGAAUCAACAUGAAGAAAAUCUCUGCUCUCACUUCCUGCUUGUUGCUGAUUAUUGGAGCAGUGACGGCUCAGACAGCUGAGCCUGAGGUCGGAGGUCGUCCGCUGCCUCAGUGGCUCACUGGACUCCUCGCCCUCGCUGGUUUCCUCUUCCUGACGUUUGUGGCCUUCCUGGUGAAGGCGGCCUGGUGUGGAGACACAAACAAACUGAGGACGUCUGUGGAGUCGGCCACAGACAACGACUACGUCAUAAACGACACAAACACGUACGAUACCACACUGGACGAGGUCAGGAGCAAAGACAGGAGCGCGUACGACACCACACUGGACGCGGUCAGGAGCAAAGACAGGAGCGCGUACGACACCACACUGGACGCGGUCAGGUACGCUCACCAUCUCACACGAGACGACAGGAACGCUUAUGACAACCUGGGGAUCGAUGAUGACACUUAUGAGAGAGUCACCUCCAUGUGACCAACGUGGACUCAUGAUUGGCUGUUUCACCAUCGAUCGGACCAACUUCUUCUUCUUCCCUCCACAGUUUGAAGUUCUUAAUCCGCUCGCUUUAAUCGUAACUUAGGUUAUCGUUGAAGAACUUCUGAAAUCAUACAUUUACUUUCAGAUUUCCACUGUGACUGAUUUUGUUUUUGUUUUGUUAGAUUACACAUAUUCUUCUUCUUCUUCACCCCAGUUUUAUAUGGAGAAGAAUAUUGAUCUGCCAUUCCGUAUGAAAUCAGUCGACCACGUCUUGUUGACGUUUGCUCUCCUGCGCGGAAGUGUUCAAUGAGGUUUUAAAGAAUGUGGUUUCUUGUCUUUCCUCUCCUUGUUCUUCUUCUAAAGGUCUACUGACACAGGUCAAAGUUCUCCUUCAUUUUCAUCCUCAUUCUUUGAAGCUUCUAGAUUCUUCUUCUCUGAAUAUAAAAACUGUGGGAGGAACCUUCAAACUGUCGAUUAAAUCGUCCGUAUAAUCUCACACUUUCUGCCAAAACACCACCAACAACAUCAUGUUCCACAGCACAGUCUGUCAUGUGACUGUUAAUGCUGUCUAAUAAAUAAUCCUCUCCAUCAAA